AUGGAGGCUUCACGAGGACCGCCACGGGUCAAGAACAAGGCCGCCGCUCCCAUCCAGAUUUCUGCAGAACAGCUUCUGCGCGAAGCCGUCGACCGUCAAGAUGAGAAACUCAAGGCGCCCACGCAGCGCUUCGCUGAUAUGGAGGAGCUGCAUGAGUUUCAGGGCAGGAAAAGAAAAGAGUUCGAGGACUAUGUGCGCCGGAAUCGUAUCAACAUGAACAACUGGAUGCGCUAUGCUGCCUGGGAGCUGGAACAGAAGGAGUUCAGGCGCGCGCGAUCCAUCUUCGAACGAGCCCUCGAUGUUGACUCGACGUCUGUCGCGCUAUGGCUUCGCUAUAUCGACUCCGAAAUGAAGCAUCGAAACAUUCAGCAUGCACGCAACCUCCUUGACCGUGCUGUUACCAUCCUCCCACGAGUUGACAAGAUAUGGUACAAGUAUGUCUAUAUGGAGGAGACCCUUGGCAACAUUGACGGUGCUCGGUCCGUCUUUGAACGCUGGAUGCAGUGGGAACCGGAUGAGGCGGCCUGGAGUUCGUACAUUAAGCUGGAAAAGAGACACGGCGAGUUUGAGAGAUGCCGUGCUAUCUUUGAAAGGUUUACUGUCGUCCAUCCAGAACCAAAGAAUGCAAGUUUACCCUUUAGAUGCUGUGAUUCAACAACUAACACUAUGCAGUGGAUCAAAUGGGCCAAGUUCGAGGAGGAGCAUGGCACGAGCGACCUCGUGCGCGACGUCUACGGUACUGCUGUCACCACACUCGGCGAUGAGUUUAUGGACGAGAAGCUCUUCAUGGCAUACGCCAAGUUCGAAGCGAGGUUGAAGGAACUGGAACGAGCCAGAGCCAUCUACAAGUUCGCCCUCGACCGCAUGCCCCGGUCGAAAUCGGUCAACCUGCACAAGGCCUUUACAACUUUCGAGAAGCAGUACGGAGACCGAGAUGGCAUUGAGGAUGUUGUCUUGUCGAAACGACGAGUGCAUUACGAAGAACAAAUCAAGGAGAAUCCCAAGAACUACGAUGCAUGGAUCGAUUUUGCAUGCCUGGAAGAGACAUCCGGCAACCAGGAUCGAGUUCGUGACAUUUACGAGCGAGCGAUUGCACAAAUACCACCGACACAAGAGAAGCGACACUGGAGGAGGUAUAUCUACCUCUGGUUGUUCUACGCCGUCUAUGAAGAAACUGUUUCACAGGACAUUGAACGAACACGCCAAAUAUACCAGGAGUGUAUCCGCCUACUUCCACACAAGCGCUUUACCUUUGCAAAGGUCUGGCUAAUGUUUGCCCAUUUUGAGGUAAGGCAAGGCCAGCUUACCACUGCACGAAAGCUCCUCGGUCAGAGCUUGGGCAUGUGCCCGAAGGACAAGCUCUUCAAAGGAUACAUUGAGCUUGAAAUGAAGCUCUUUGAGUUCAACCGCUGUCGGCAGCUCUACACCAAGUAUAUUGAAUGGAACGGGUCGAACUGCCAGACCUGGAUCAAGUUUGCUGAACUGGAACGAGGUCUGGACGACCUCGAUCGUGCGCGAGCCAUCUUUGAGCUUGCCGUUGAGGAGCAACAACUAGACAUGCCUGAGCUUCUCUGGAAAGCCUACAUUGACUUUGAAGAAGGUGAGGGCGAGUAUGAUCGCACACGUGCACUCUAUGAACGUCUUCUGCAGAAGACGGACCAUGUCAAGGUAUGGACUUCAUGGGCACAAUUCGAACUCGGAGUCCCCGACGAGUCGGCGCCCGAAGACGACGAAAUCAUCAGCGACGCCGCCAAGGCUCGUGCCCGUGAAAUUUUCAAGCGUGCGCACACACGCCUCAAGGAGCGCGAUCUCAAAGAAGAUCGUGUGGCUCUACUUACCGCAUGGAAAUCAUUUGAAGACGUUCACGGUAGUCCAGAGGACAAGGGGAAGAUUGAGAAACAAAUGCCGCGCAAGGUCAAGAAGAGGAGAAAGCUGGAUGACGACAGCUUUGAGGAGUACGUCGACUAUGUAUUCCCUGCAGAUGAUGAGAGCGCAGCGAAUUUGGCAAAACUCCUGGCGAACGCACAGAAAUGGAAGAUGGCAAAGGCUGCGCAGGCUGCAAGCAAGGAAAACGAGGAGAGUACAAACGGAAAUGGCGAGUAG